ACUCUCCUCCUCCUCCUCCUCUCUCACUCUCUCUCUCUCUCUCACAAACUCACAUUCCCUUCCCAAAAGCUUUUCCUUAUUCAGACAUGGAGACUUGGGAGAAGCCAUCUUCUAGACGUCACCACCGUAACCCUUCCUUCUCCUCCACUCUCCUCGACCAAAUCUACCGCUCCAUCGACGAAUCUCCUCCCCUAGAAUCCACAAGGAAGAAGAAACUUCCCCACGAGGAUCUUGAAACUUCUCAAGACAAACUAGUCUUCCACCGCCGCUCAAUAGCCGCCGACUUCGAAAGAUCGAGACGAACCACCACCGCCGCCGCCGCCGCAGACUCUGUUUUCCUCAGAUAUUCCAACUCCACCUCCUCUGACUCGAGCGGACUCUCCUCUUCUGAGUCAGACUCCUUCUACGGACGCUCCAAAUCAUCUUUCUCUCCUCCCCAACCGAAACCAAUCCGUACCUCCGGCGAGAGACCUAGCAGCAAACAAGAACUCGGCGGCUUCUUGAGAACCAAGUCAAAGGCGUUGAAGAUCUACACCGACUUGAAAAAAGUGAAACAACCCAUCUCUCCCGGCGGACGGCUCGCCACUUUCCUCAACUCGCUCUUCACCAACGCAUCCACUAAGUACAACCCUAAGAAGCCCAAGAAAAACAGCAACACUUCCGUCUCUGUCUUGUCGGAGACACAGUACUCCUCCUCCUCCACCACGUGCUCUUCAGCGUCGUCUUUCUCUAGGUCUUGCCUCAGCAAAACUCCCUCGUCGUCUAGCGGGAAGUCAAAAAGAUCCGUACGGUUCUGUCCAGUGAAUGUGAUCCUCGACGAAGACUCCUCCGUUUACAUCCCUUGCGGUAAUAACAAUAACAACUACAACAACGAGGCCAAACGUUAUCGUCACGUUGUGGAGGAGGAGAAUCGCCGCGUUAUCGAAGCGGCCAAGGAUCUUAUCAGGACUUACCAAAAGAACAAGGAUCUUUUGACCGUGACAACGUGUGACAACGUUGAAGACGAUGACGAUGAUGAUGAUGCGGCGAGUUACGCUAGCUCUGAUCUGUUCGAGUUGGAGAAUCUUUCGGCGAUUGGGAUCGAGAGGUAUCAAGAAGAGUUACCAGUCUACGAGACCACUCGUCUGGAUAAUACUAAUCGAGCCAUUGCUACAAGUUUAAUUGUGUAAUAUAAUGUUUUAAUUAAGUAGUUGGGGGUGAUUAAUUAGUGUAUUUUUCUAAUACUGUUCUUUCUUAAAUUCUCUAGUAACUUUUGUGUAACAAUAAAUAUGUCAACCAUGGUCUAUUUGGGUCAUAACUAUGCAGCUUAA